AUGCCUCAAAUCACAGAAAUCUUCUUUGACUGCGACAACACUUUGGUGUUGUCGGAAGUCCUGGCCUUUGAGGCAUGCGCCGAUCUGGCCAACGAGAUUUUGGAGAGUCGCGGUAUCCCAGAUCGCUACACUGGCGAGCAGUUGAUCAAGGACUUUGUCGGCCAGAACUUCCGCGGUAUGAUGAUCAGCCUCCAGUCCAAGUACAAGUUUGAGAUGGAGAAAGACGAGCUGGAGAUGUACGUCAAGAAGGAAGAAGACAGGGUCAUUGCCAAGCUUGAGGCCAAGGCAGGACCCUGUGAAGGGGCCACCGAGCAACUGGAGAAGCUUGCCGCCGAGAAGAAGUACCAUCUGGCCGUGGUUUCCUCUUCGGCUCUCCGUCGCGUGGUUGCGUCCAUCAAGAAGGUCGGCCAGGACAAGUACUUUGACACCGACAUGGUCUUCAGUGCCGCCACUUCUUUGGAGAAGCCCACCUCCAAGCCUGACCCCGCCAUCUACCUGCAUGCCUUGAAGGUUUGCGGCAAGACCGCCGCCGAGACUGUUACGAUCGAGGACAGCAAGUCUGGCGCCCUGUCGGCCAUUCGCGCCGGCAUCCACACCAUUGGCUACGUGGGCAGCUAUCCCCCCGAGGAGCAAUCCGAGAUGAGCACGCGCCUCUUGGACCUCGGUGCCAAGAUUAUCAUGAAGCAUUGGUCCGAGUUCCCCAAGUGUUUGGAGUUCAUUGAGAACAGCCCUGCUGAGGUUCAAUCCAGCCUGUGA